CGACGACGACACCAUGUGAUUUGGAAAGAUUUCAAAGCUGAAACCGCCGCGGUUUGGUUUAGUGUCGUUCAGCAGGUGAAGGGAUCGAUUCAGGUUUGUAAAAUGAUCACUUUGGGCAGCGGACGCCUUUCUCUGUGUUGCAGACUUCUUUGCCUCCUCUUAGGUUGUGUGUCUUCAGAGGCCAUCAUAGCCACAGUGGGCACAGAUGUUACUCUGAUAUGCAACUAUGAUGUUCAGACGUACGGCAAGCUCUCGGUGUGCUGGGGCCGUGGAGCCAUCCCCAGCCGUGGCUGUGCCAGUGAAGUGAUCAGGUCUGAUGGGACAACAGUGUCCGGCAAACUGUCGGACCGCUACCUGCUCAGUGGUAAUCUUGAUGAGGGAGACGUAUCGCUGACCAUCACGCAGGUUGUAGAGAGCGACUCAGGGAUGUACGGCUGCCGUGUGGAAAUACCGGGCUGGUUCAAUGAUCACAAACACCAGCUGACGCUCACUGUAGUGGCAGCUCCCCCGAAUCCCCUGAAGGUGGAGACAAGAGAGGUGAGAGAGAGAUCUGUCACUGUUCGGUGGACUCCAGUGUUUGAUGGCGGCAGGCCCAUCACAUCCUACCGGGUUAAUGUCAAAAACAAACAAGAACCCUGGAAUAGUGCACUGUCGACUGAAAUCACCAAUACUGAAGUGAUUCAAGUGACGAUAUUCGAUUUGCGUCCGGCCACGGCCUACAACCUCUGUAUGUUUGCCACCAACAGUGUGGGCAUGAGCGCAUCCAGCAAUGUCCUCACGAUCACAACAAAAGAAGCAGCACCUGAGGGUCCACCCUUGGAUAUUUACCUGAAGGCUCUCAGCUCUCGCAUGAUCAUAGUAACUUGGAAGCCUCCGAGGCCUGAGCUCAGAAACGGUGUGUUGCGUGGUUACAAAAUUCACUACAGAGAAUACGACCCGGCAGACAAGCAGCCAAACAGCUGGCUGUACAGAAGUGUGACAACCACACGGGAGAGCACUGUACUGACUGACUUGGAGCCUUCUACCAAGUACAGAGUGAUCAUUCAAGCCAAAACAAAUGCAGGAUUUGGACCAACAUCAACUGAUCUGCUCUGCUCCACCAUGGAUGAGGUUCGCACAACUACUGAAGUCGCAAGUGUUGAGUCACCUUCCACAGCUGCCACGAAGCGCAGACAAGACAUAUCAAGUUCCUCUGCAGCUUACACAACUACAACAGUUGAGUCUUCCACUGCCUCCACAGUCUGGACACAGAGUACAACAAGUGUCAUGUCAGUGCACCCAGAUCCUCCAGUAGUUAAGUUAAAGGAGGUCAGAGGGAAUACAAUAACCCUUUCUUGGACUCCUGGUUCUCAAGGUGGCAGCCCCAUUACACGCUUUUUGUUAAAGUAUAAAGCAUUGGAUGCACCAUGGGAUUACACAAGGAUAGACUUCAGUCCCAACCAGACGGAGGCCACACUAAUAGAGAUGCAUAACUUCACUUACAUAAUCUGCAUGUUUGCCAUGAACAGUCAAGGCACCAGUAAAGCCAGCAAUGUCCUCACCAUCACUGCUGGAGAAGCAGGUCAGCAGAGGGUCGAUGUUGUUUUUACCACGCCAAGUGACACUCGAGCUGCUGCGGCUGUUGGGGAGAGUCAUAACAGUCACCUCGCUGCCAUUGUGAUGCCACUGGUCCUAGUGGUGUUGAUUGUUGUCAUAGUGACGACAUGGCAACUUCGACGGAUAAAACGGAAACAGGGCAGCCUGAGCAUGUGGGUGACCAACGGAGCAAUACGAAUCAGAGGCUCUGAGUCACUGCAAGAGCUGUAACACUCAGUUACUCUGCAGUGUGAUUGAAUUUUAUGAUUUACCGUAAGAGGGUUUGUUAUUGGUGAAUGAAUUAUAUUUGGUACAGCUUCCCUCUAAUAAGUUUGAAACUUCCCCCCUGGAGGAACUUAAUGAGCCUAUCACAGUGACAUGCUGAGGCUCAACUGUUACCAUCAAAACCAGAGAUGGAUAUAAUUAGUUCUAACAUUGUACAUGGAGCUAGACUAAACUUUGUUUAAUGUGAUUGUGGUGUUUACUUUUCAAUCGUAAUUGUCGCGUCUUUGUCUUAAUUAUUGAGCAAAUGCAACGGCUGUUAUGCAAGACAGAUUUCACACUUGUCAUUAAUAUGUUGUAUGCUGUAAUGCUGUAAUGUUUUAUUUUUGUGUAACUUUAUUUGUGAGGGGAAAUCAUUCCUUUUUAUUAAUAAGCUUCCACCGUGUUUCUUUAUUCAUUUUAUUUUAUUUUAUUCACGUUCAAUCAAUCAUCACUGAGGAACGUUAACAUUAACUUAGGUUGGCGACUGAGGUCACAUUAUUUAAAACCAUCAAAAAGUGGAAAUAUUACAACACCAAACCACAAACAUGCAGCAGAUUGACUCUUUUUUUUCCAUGAAUGAGCUGUUAAGAUUAAUAUCCAAUGAAAUGUAAUGAAAAGUGAGUUUCAAUAAAUCCUUAUAUUCCA